UCUGAUGGAUUUGCAAGCCGAUUGUCUGAAAGUUGUAAACAAUUUAAUUUUUUAACAAAUUAUAAUAGAUCAGCUUAGAUACAGUUGAUUUUAGAGAGAAUAUUAAGUAAUGUGUUUUACAAAAUCAUUAAAAUACAGGAAGCACAAGUGUUUGGUAUAAUUUUAUAACAUUAAAGAUAAAACUAUUAAAACUUGAAAAUGUUGGCUAGAAACAUGAAUUUAAAUAGAAGAUGUUUAAAAUACUUCUCGGUUUCAUCGUGUUGCCGUCAGACCAAGCACCUAUUACGCCAGCAGAAGACUAUUGCAAGUUUCAGUAAUAGUUUACUUCAAGAUAAAAACAUAACCUAUAAUUCUUCGAUUUUGCCGAAAAAAAGUAUUCAUGAGACUAAACAAGUCGUGAAAACAGUAGUUGAUGAUCAGAAUUGUAAUACUUUCACAUAUAGAACACAUACUUGUGGAGAACUAAGGCCAGAAAAUGAAGGACAGAAAGUCACUCUUUGUGGUUGGAUCCAAUUCUCUAGAUUAUCAAAAUUCCUUCUGCUAAGGGACGCAUACGGCCUCACACAAUGCAUAGUGAACGAUGAUAGUAUAAACUUUUCUGAUAUACCUUUAGAAACAGUUGUAAAGAUAGAAGGGACUGUUUCACUAAGACCUAAAGACAUGAUCAAUAGAACUAUGGCCACUGGUGAAAUAGAAGUUGUCAUGAACAAGUUAGAAGUACUCAAUACUGUGGACAAGCUUCCUUUUAAUCUGAGAGAUUACCAAAAACCUAAAGAACAGCUUAGAUUGCAGCACAGGUACAUAGACUUGAGGUUUCCUGAAAUGCAGAAUAAUUUGAGAGUCCGUUCACACAUGUUACAUAACAUGAGGAGAUUUCUGAUUGAAAACCAUGGGUUUGUUGAAGUUGAGACUCCUACAUUGUUCUGUAGGACUCCUGGCGGUGCGAGAGAGUUUGUAGUGCCCACACACCAUGAGGGAUUGUUCUAUUCUUUAGUCCAAAGUCCACAACAGUUCAAGCAAAUGCUCAUGUCAGGUGGUAUUGAUAGAUAUUUCCAAGUGGCUAGAUGUUACAGAGAUGAGACCACUAGGCCAGAUAGACAGCCAGAGUUCACACAAUUAGAUAUUGAGCUAUCCUUUACUAACUUAGACGGAGUCUUAACUAUGAUUGAACACUUACUUUAUGAGACUUUUGUCAAACAACUACCAAAGCCACCUUUCAGAAGAAUGACUUACAAAGAUGCAUUAUCAAAUUAUGGUUCAGAUAAACCAAAUUUAACCUUUGACUUGAAGUUCAUAAAUAUAAAGAAUUUAUUCCCAGAAAAAUCGAAUGAGGAAGAGUUUGGUGCAUAUGCACUUCCUUAUACUAAAGAAAUUGGAAAAUUAACAACAAAAUACAAAGAGAAAAUUAGAGAGUUUGCCAAGAAAUAUACUUGUAAAGUGGUAUUAAAUGAAAAUAUUGAAAAGGAAUUGGGAACAGAGAUUGGACCAAGAAUACAAAGUGUAAUAGGGAAUGAUGCAGCAAUAAUAGUUUUAGGUGAAGAUGAGAAUGCCUGCGUUUGUUUAGGAGAAAUAAGACUAAUGAUAGCUUCAUUAUUAAAAUCAAAGAAUAUGCUUCAAGUAAAAGAAAAUGUAGAACCAUUAUGGGUCAUAGAUUUCCCAUUAUUUGUGAAAGGAGAAAACGGUUUAGAGACAUGCCAUCAUCCCUUUACGUCACCUCAUCCUGAAGAUAUGCAUUUAUUAGACUCUGAACCACUAAAAGUAAGAUCCUUAGCAUAUGACAUUGUUAUGAAUGGCAAUGAAAUUGGAGGUGGGUCCGUCCGUGUUCACAAUGCGGAGUUACAAGAAAAGCUGUUGAAGAUUUUGGACAUUGAUCAUUUGAAGUUAUCACAUUUCUUGAAUGCGUUAAGGUGUGGGUGUCCACCACAUGCUGGGAUUGCGUUAGGUAUUGAUAGAUUGGUCACAUUGGCAUGUAAUGCGGAAUCUAUUAGAGAAGUGAUUGCAUUCCCUAAGUCCCAUGAUGGCAGAGAUCCUUUGUCAGGUGCUCCUAACAGUAUCAGUGAAGAUGACAAGAAGUAUUAUCACAUUUCUACUGUUAAAUAAAAGGUUUUUUUUUAAUUAUUUAUUAAUAUUUUAGUUUGUAAGUAUUACAUAAAUUAUAUACUUUGUUUUACAAUA